AGUUCCCAAACAAAGGUGUUGUAAGCGCUUCAGGAGCACAUCCCAGGCAAGUGGGUAGGGGUGUUAAUGCCGUUAUGAAGAGCGCUGCUCGCUUCGUGUUCAGCUGUGCAUCUCUCCCGUCAAGCUCUCGCAAAGGUUUCGGGAGGGGUGAUAGCUCUGAAUGUUCCUCCCCUGCUUUUUCACUCAUUCAUUUUGGCUGUGAUGACAUAUGGCCUGCAGCGUUUUUUCCAGGUAUCGUUAUUUUAAAGAAAGAAAGAAAGAAAGAAAGAAAAACCCAGGUGUUUACUUUUCAGGGUACUUAAUAUUGGUGCCCUAAGUGGGAAAGUAGGGGCUAGAACCGGUCCGUCGAAUGCGCUGGCGAAGGGCGAGGUAGGAGGAGUCCUGCAGAUCGCCACGGAUCUGUGCGAUGGGGGUGUUUUUUCUCUCCUCAGGUCGGACCUAUUUUAGACCUCUGCUUCUUAUUCCACUUAGAAUGACAUAACCCCGUUAUGCUCAGAAGCGCACCCUGUUUAGGAGAAAAAAAUCCCGUAGAGAUCAGUUCUCCUGAACUCCUGCUCAUUUUCAGAGCAAGCCCAAAGCCUUUUUUCCUUCACAGGAGUGGGUAUGAACACGUCCGUUUGUGACAUUAUCUGCCUGCUCGUUCAGUUGCGUUUCUCAGUGGAGGUGCACGAAAGGAAUUUCUUUCCCUUCUUAUUUGAUUAAGCGCUGAUCAGCAUAUUUUAGCAGACGGUCCUUAAACUGAUGCAUGAUAGUAAUAAGAAUUGGCGUGACGUCUGUACACAGAAAUUGAUAGUAAAAAGGAGAAUAAUAGAAAAUACAUAGAUCAGGAAAAUGCAUACAUGAGAUUGGGAGGCAAGGUUUGCAAAAGUGUAGUGCUGCUUUUUUUUUUUUAAUCAAAGUAUUUGGAUUUACAAGCAGAAAGGUCUUAGCGAUUUUGGAAAACAAGAGCAUUAUUUUUCUCUCACUUUUUACUAUUUUCUUGAAAAGAAGAAAGAUUUGAAGGGUUUGUGAUGGUACAGUAAUUGAAAUCUGAUUCUUAGUUUAGAUAUAUUUAUCGGAAAAGCAGGCAGGAAAAAUUAGAAGUUGAUUUAAUGCAAAUUAUUUGGAUUGUUGCAUGACAGAUUCAAAUGAAUAUUUUAAAAAUAAAAAUGAAGGUAGUUCUUAAAUUACUGAGAGAAACCCCAUAUUUUCAAUGCAGGUUUUUUUUAUAUGAACUGUUUAACAAGUGCCUUUGGAAUAUAAAUUACCACGACUAUGAAGAGAUAAACAGCACUUGAUUCUGAUAUACAUUUUCUCCAUGGGUGAUAAUAUUACUUUAUUUUCUGUUCUCUUGAUAAGAGAAUUUACAGCAACUGAUGAAAAAAUGCAUUUUAUUCCUGUGCUGUGGAACCGAAACUCAUCAUGUGCUUUUAGUUUUGGUUGCAGAUACUGAGCUAGAACCUAACAGAGUUUAAUCAAGCAAACCUCAGAUGGAUUGCAGAAUUGGGUCCCUUAUUUCUUGCGAGCAGCAGAGGAAAGCAGAAUAGUAGGAAAUGUGGAAAAGAAAAAUAAAAUCUUUAUAGACAGUGACUGUGUUGCUGCAAUCAUUCUAGCUAUCAGUGAACCACAUUAACUUUUAUGACUAAUGGAAAAAAGCAUUAUACUGUCAGCCUAAACCUUGCUUUGUUAUAAAAACAGAAACAGAAAUACCUCAUACUUUUUCCCUUACAUUUUUGAAAAUUUGGGGAUACGUCGUACCACCCACUUUUUUAGCAGAAUGUUAUACCACGCAUAAGCCUUAAAACUAGCUAGACACCAGCCUUAAAUUAUUAUCUGACCAGAAAUAUGCUUUGAAGGCCCACAGUGGAGUAAGCAAAAUUGAUGUUUGCAAGUCCUAAGUAGAAAAUACUGUGAUUUGAGUUGUUUCUCUGAGCUGACAAACACUAUAGGUACUGUUCCUUUUAAAAUAAAUGUAAUUUCUAAUAUUACACAUUUCAUAAUCUAGUUUACCCUUCAUGAAAAUUUUAUGGCACAGUUGCGCACAUACAGAGAUAGAUUUAGAGCCAUAAACUGUUUUCAUUGUACUCAUUUAAUUCUCAUUGACACCUGUAUAUAUUAAGCAGCAGAUCGAGGGCAGUUUGAGACGGAUUAUACUCUCGCUGACAUUAGUAUAAAUCUGAGUUGCUCCAGUGACUAAAUGAGAGCAGGAUCCCUCGUGCCUCAUACUUAGUCGAUCCCUAGUACGUAAUUUUUGUCGAAAGGCGAGGGCUCAAAGCUAAUUUAUACUUCCCGUGUCCGGGUGGGCGCGGGAGUCGGGUGUCUAGCCGAGCUCCGUGAAACGUGGGAAAGCUCCUAAGCAAGGAGUUAGCAAGGGGCUGAGGUGCCGCCUCUGCGUGCCGGGCUUGUCGCUAACGUCUCCCUUUGCCCUUGCAGAUAUGCCCUGUGUGCAAGCGCAGUAUAGCCCUUCACCGCCUGGUUCGAGUUAUGCAGCUCAGACCUACGCGUAUGGCUCGGAGUACGGCUCGGAGAUCAUGAAUCCCGACUACGCCAAGCUGACCAUGGACCUGAGUAGCACCGAGAUCACUGCCACCGCCACCACCUCCCUUCCCAGCUUCAGCACCUUCAUGGAGGGCUACUCCGGCAGCUACGAGCUCAAGCCUUCCUGCCUCUACCAAAUGCAGUCCGCCUCCUCCUCCGGUCAGAGGCCCCUCAUAAAGAUGGAAGACGCCCGGCUUUCCUCCUACCAACAGUCCCUGCCGCCGUCCACAGACGAGGGGAUGCCCAGCACCUCCAUGUACUUCAAGCAGUCCCCGCCCUCGACGCCCACCACGCCGGGCUUCCCCCCUCACCAGAGCCUGUGGGACGAAUACAUUCUGUCAGGUUCUAAGUCGUUCAAGAAACUAUCAGUUUACUAUUUUUGUGUUGCGUUUUCUCAGAGAACAGUUCAGAAAAAUGCAAAAUAUGUUUGUCUGGCAAAUAAAAACUGUCCAGUGGACAAGAGACGUCGUAACAGAUGCCAAUACUGCCGAUUUCAGAAGUGUCUCAGUGUCGGCAUGGUUAAAGAAGUUGUCCGUACCGACAGCCUGAAAGGGAGAAGAGGUCGGCUGCCUUCCAAACCAAAGAGCCCCUUGCAGCAGGAACCCUCGCAGCCCUCGCCGCCUUCUCCUCCCGUCAGCAUGAUGAACGCCCUCGUACGAGCUUUAACUGACUCCACACCCAGGGAGCUUGACUACUCAAGAUACUGUUCCACCGAUCAGGCUGCUGCAGGCACAGAUGCAGAGCAUGUCCAGCAGUUCUAUAACCUUCUGACUGCCUCCAUUGACAUAUCGAGAGGCUGGGCGGAAAGAAUCCCAGGAUUUACUGACCUCCCAAAAGAAGAUCAGACGUUACUCAUAGAGUCAGCUUUUUUGGAGCUGUUUGUGCUAAGACUCUCCAUCAGGUCUGAUACUGCUGAGGAUAAGUUUGUAUUCUGCAAUGGACUUGUGCUUCAUAGACUUCAGUGCCUUCGUGGAUUUGGGGAGUGGCUCGACUCUAUUAAAGACUUUUCCUUAAACUUAAAGAGCCUUAACCUUGAUAUCCCAGCCUUAGCAAGUUUAUCAGCUCUAACUAUGAUUACAGAACGGCAUGGAUUAAAAGAACCAAAGAAAGUGGAAGAGCUAUGCAACAAGAUCACUAGCAGUCUGAAAGAUCACUUAGCUUUCAGUUGCCAAAACAAAGGACAACCACUCGAGUCUGCGGAGCCUAAGGUACUGGGUGUUCUCGCUGACUUGCGUUCUCUCUGCACACUGGGACUGCAGCGCAUCUUUUACCUGAAACUGGAAGAUUUGGUGCCAGCCCCUUCCAUUAUUGACAGGCUGUUUCUGGACACCUUACCCUUCUGAGUCAAAUCACCCUCAUGAAAGGCAAAUGCCCACCAGAGCAGGCAAAUGGAUUGUGACUUACAGCUAAUGUUUCUGCCCUCACUUUUAACAGAAAAGCAGCUCCAGCUCUAAAAUGAGGUCUUUUCUGGCGCUUUGUCCUUACAACCUGAGGCCUAAAACUUACUGGCUUACUGUUUUGGGGUUGUGUUCUUUGUUUUCUUUUGUGUGAUUUGGGGUUUUUUAAAUUGCUAAUAUGGCACUUUUGGACAAUGCUAUCCCAGCAGCGGUAAAAGGUUAACAUGACUGUUUUACAUCUGUUGUUUAACACACCUCAUUGUUUAUGAGGAAUAAAAUUGUAGAAGCUGUGUGUUUGAAAACAAGAACAGCAAAUAGUUGUUUGCCAGGGUAGUAUGUGUUUUGAGACAAUACCUUUAGCAUACUUCCUGCACCAAGGGCACAUACAUCGGCACAAUCUAAACAAAAGUUCACUUUUUAUAACAAAGUACAUUCAACCGAACAUUUCAUAUAAAUCAAAUAUAGCAAAAUGACAAUGGCUGUUAGCUCCCAUGUUCAAGUGCAAUUUUUUAAAGUGCUGUCUUACUAAGUCUUGUUUAUUAACUAAUUUAUUUUAAUAUGAAAAUAAAUGGAAGAAAUCAAGUGAGAAAAUUACAUGCACUAACUUACAUGACAGAGUUUUCCGAACUUGAUUCCAUGUAGAAUGACUUACUGACAAAUGUAUGUUGAAAGACACAGGAACAACAGUGAUUCGGUUGUUCCUUAGACAAGGAAAUCCAAGUAAGUAGCGACUGGAGCAUACAGGGUCAGCAUCAGGGAUAGCUAAGUUUUAGACUUCGUUAACAUAAGUAACAAGUUAUUAGACAGACACAAGGUGGUUCCGAAGAACAAGCAAGUCUUGUAAAAUAGUAUGAAUGUAAGUGCUAGGAAGGAUAUAGUGGGCUGCGUUUAAACAUUCCGUGUUCGUACUCCUUUUUGUAUGUUUAUACUGUUGAUGCCAUAUUAAUAUGAAAUAAUUUGUUGCAUAGUGUCUUUAUAUGUAUAAAUGUUUGUAUGCAUGGUAUAUUGUAAUGGCUUUGCCUGUAUUUAUUGCAAUGACUGCCAGCUCAUGGGAGCCCUGUUACACAUAAUAACUCAAUGGGGUGUUCACACUGACUCAGAUACACCAGUUGGAGAACUAUAUACAUAUAUAUAACGUGUAUAUAUAUAUAUGUAUAUACUAUAUGUGUGCGCGUGUGUGUGUGCGCGUGUGUGUGCGCGUGUGUCUUUUUAUUAACCAUUUGUAUAUAAAAUAUCUGUCAAAUCACAAGCAGAGUUAUUUUACAGUUUAUUUGCAGUGACUUCUAAGGCAGUACUGUUUAGCACUUUGAUAUUAAAAUCUUGCUCCUGUUUUGCUAAAUUCAAAUAAUAUUUAAAAAUUUUAGUUCUAAAAAACUUUAUAUGCACUGUAUUAAGUCAAAAUUUUGUUGGUCAUUUUGCUAAGGAAAUUUCUGAAUGUCAACCUGAUGUCACUGUAUCUUUUGUUAGCUUUAAACAUUCUAGCUUUUGUCUUUUUUUAAACUAUGCUGUUUAUAUGGAAAUUAAAUUAUACAAUCAAACAGAUGCCAAAUGAAUUGCCUAAUUGCUGCAAAGGAUAACCCAGAUAUCAAGUCACUGUAUGGUUUUCAAAUAGUAAUCUGGUAUUUUAUCACUUACUAUGUUUGGAUGUGCUUUUAUGAAAAAACUAUUCUUAUAUCAAGAUUUAUAGUAGUAUCAAUAGGGAAACAGACUUCUAGUCACUAUAGUUACUAUUUCUGGUUUACCUGCAGAUAAUAUUUGAAAAAGUAUUGCUUUUUGUAUUGACUUUUAAGCUUAUGUGCAAACAUAAUAGCAUAAUUAAAUAUCAGAGAAGCUAAUGUUUCUUGUAGGUUGCUGUAACAAGCCUGACCAGCAAGAUAAAUAUAUUUUGACUGAAUUUCAGCUUUUGUAUAUACUAAAUACACACACACACACACACACACAGAUAUAUAUAUGUGUACAUACACACACACUCACACAUAGGUGUGCAUACAAAAACAUACAGACACAAAAUGCAAAAUUAUGGUUGCUUUUGUCUCCUUAUGUAAAACAUGAGGCCCCUUGAGAAAUCACUUUUCUCUAGGGACAAGUCCUGCAAGGUGCUGAGCACUAGAUGAGGGCUUGCAACCACUUCCUGGGAGGGGGGCCCUCAAAAAUAAUUUUCCCACAAAUCAGCAUAGUAUAGUAAAGUUGCUUUUUUGUUGAGCAAGGUUUAUUUUUUAAGUGGGACGUGAGUGGGAGGUAGCAGGUCCAGAGCCCCACGUAAAAUUUCAUGUAGCCAGUCUGCUUCAGUCUUCCACAGACAGUCUUAACUGUGAUACUCUCCCAGAUCACGUCACCUGUGGGAUUGUCCUUCAUGUCAAUACACAGAUUCAUCCGCGAGUCAACCAGGGCCAGGUCACAACAGUAAAAGAAAGAAUUAACACAGACUCAAUUCACUACUUUUGUUAAAGCUCUCUCAGUGUGAACAUGCCUUUGUAGAGGCAGAAUUCAGGAAUAUAUCAGGUGUUAAGGGAGAGUGCCUUGCUUUUAUUUCAGACAACAGUGUUUCAAGAGUUUCUUCACUCCUCUAACAGCAGUACUUUUUCCUUUUUGUGGUGUUAACCUGUGGGUUGAAAGAAAUGCUCUUGUACAUAUACAAUGUAAAUUAAACCUAUUAAAUUGAAUAACAUUUUUUUCAGAGGCCCCAUGUGUGUUGAGUAAGUAUGCUUAAUUCUGUUAUAAUCUGAUGUGAAAUUUUUUAUCAUUUAUGAAACAUUAAAAAUCUGUCUACUUGAAUCGUAAAAGUGG